UCCAUCCCUUCCCCGCGGCAUCGCCGCCCUACAGCCCCCACGCUGUGGCGGCCGCCCGAGACACGUGUGCCCGCGCCCGGCGGGCGUGCGGGGGAGCGCGGCCACGCCUGGCCCGGCCACCAUUUCUCCGGCGCCCACCCGGUCGAGUGCGGAGCCUGAAGCAUGAGCGGGGACUCGGAGCGCGCGGUGGCCCCGGGGGUGGUGCCUGCGCCCUGUGCCUCGAAGGUGGAGCUGCGGCUGAGCUGCCGGCACCUGCUGGACCGGGACCCACUGACCAAGUCCGACCCAAGCGUGGUGCUGCUGCAGCAGGCACAGGGCCAGUGGCUACAGGUGGACAGGACUGAGGUGGUGAAAAGCAGCCUGCACCCUGUGUUCUCCAAGGUCUUCACGAUUGACUAUUACUUUGAGGAGGUGCAGAAGCUCCGGUUUGAGGUGUAUGACACCCACGGACCCAGCGGGCUGAGCUGCCAGGAUGACGACUUCCUAGGGGCCAUGGAGUGUACCUUGGGUCAAACAGAGUUUCACUGUGUCUGUCCUGGAACUCACUCUGUAGACCAGGCUGGCCUUGAACUGGGAUCAAAGAUUGUGGCCCAGAAGAAAAUGACACGCCCAUUGCUGUUGAGAUUCGGCAGGAACGCUGGCAAAUCCACCAUCACGGUGAUAGCAGAGGACAUCUCUGGGAACAAUGGCUACGUGGAGCUCUCCUUCCAGGCCAGGAAGCUGGACGACAAGGACCUCUUCAGCAAGUCGGACCCCUUCCUAGAGCUGUAUCGGAUCAAUGACGACAGCAGUGAGCAGCUGGUGUACAGGACCGAGGUAGUGAAGAAUAACCUUAAUCCAGUGUGGGAACCCUUCAAGGUGUCACUGAAUUCACUCUGCAGCUGCGAAGAGACACGCCCUCUGAAGUGCCUGGUCUGGGACUAUGACUCCAGAGGAAAGCAUGACUUCAUCGGCGAGUUCACCACCACCUUUGCAGAGAUGCAGAAGGCCUUUGAGGAGGAGCAGGCCCAGUGGGACUGUGUGAAUGCCAAGUACAAACAGAAGAAGCGCAAUUACAAGAAUUCUGGAGUGGUGAUCCUGGCAGACCUGAAGCUCCACAGGGUCCACUCCUUCCUGGACUACAUCAUGGGUGGCUGCCAGAUCCACUGCACGGUAGCCAUCGACUUCACAGCCUCCAACGGUGACCCGAGGAACAGCUGCUCCCUCCACCACAUCAACCCUUACCAGCCCAACGAGUACCUGAGGGCACUGGUGGCGGUGGGCGAGGUCUGCCAGGAUUACGACAGUGACAAGCGAUUUUCCGCUUUGGGAUUUGGAGCCCGGAUCCCUCCCAAAUACGAGGUGUCCCAUGACUUUGCCAUCAAUUUCAACCCUGAGGAUGAUGAGUGUGAAGGAAUCCAGGGCGUGGUGGAGGCCUACCAGAACUGCCUGCCCAAGGUCCAGCUCUACGGCCCCACCAAUGUGGCGCCCAUCAUCUCCAAGGUGGCCCGCAUGGCAGCAGCCGAGGAGCACUCAGGAGAGGCUUCUCAAUACUACAUCCUGCUCAUCCUCACCGACGGUGUGGUAACGGACAUGGCGGACACCCGAGAGGCCAUUGUUCGGGCCUCCCACCUGCCCAUGUCGGUCAUCAUCGUUGGGGUAGGCAAUGCCGACUUCACGGACAUGCAAAUCCUGGAUGGGGAUGACGGGGUCCUGCGCUCCCCUCGGGGCGAGCCUGCGCUUCGGGACAUUGUCCAGUUUGUGCCCUUCCGGGAGCUCAAGAACGCGUCCCCUGCUGCGCUCGCCAAGUGCGUGUUGGCCGAGGUGCCAAAGCAGGUGGUUGAGUACUACAGCCACAAGGACCUGCCUCCUCGGAGCCUGGGCGGGCAGCCUGGAGAGGCUGGUCCCAGCUCAGCACCAUGAGCGGGCGAAGGGCUCUGAGCAGCAUGCCCACCUACAACGUCUCCCGAGCCCCAGAGAUCCCGCCGAAGCUUCUGACCCAGCCCAGGCCCCAGCCCUGCUCCUGUGAUCUCCUGGCCUGGAUCAGCGGCCUGCUCCCCAUCAUCAAGAAAUCCAGGCCUUGUGGAGAGACAGAAAUCAGCAGCUCCCCCGUGCCUGGGCCUCCUGGCACCCAACGGGCACAGAGCAGGUUUGCUGAGAGACCUGGAGGGAUGCUGGCAGCCCAGCUAUUGAAGGGUGGUGGUGGAACCAGAGAAUUUUGUCCUUGGCUCCUGUGGGGGAGGGGCAGCACCCCAACCCUUGAGGACACCCAGGAUUAGGCACUUUGUCCCCAGAGGUUUCUCUUUCCUGUCUGGUGUCACUCCAACCUGUGCCAUAUCUGAGACCCUGUGUGUGGCCUUUGGGGUCUGUGGGAGGUGGCAUUGGGUAUAAUAAAGUAUCCCCACAUCCUCAGA